AUGAUCACUGAAGUUUCCAGUGAUAACAGAACUCCUGGUUCAAACCAGCGGGUGCCGUAUCUACGACAACUACAGCAAUAUAAUAUUCCGUCAACGGUUACCGCAAAUACCACUCAGGGUAGUAGUCGUGAUGCACGCGCUAGAUUAGAGUAUAUGAAAUCUUUUAUGGAUGACCAUAUGUUUUUCAUUGAGUCAUAUGAUGAUAAUUCUGGCUCUAGUGGGAUGGCUGGCCAGGCCCACUUGAUGCAAUCCGGGGCAACGUUUUUAUCUACGAGGAGUUCACAAUCUGUGUUCAAUCCUUCGUGUUGUAACAUAUAUUCACUACAGCAGCCGUAUCACCACUUAGCCCAAGAUGACUAUGCUCCUCUUCCAGGGACCACUAUUUAUGGUCGACAAAGGUACCUACAAAGGCCAUACGUGACUCAGAAGCAGUUUCCGCAAAGGCAGCAUAAUCAAGAAAAAAUGUACCUGGCUAGUCAGAAGGGUGGUAAUCAGCGUUUUGGAAGACGCGGGUGGUAA